GGGUCGGUCGUCGAAACGGAUUCGAACUGGAAUCGGAAUAGCGGGUGACCGGAGAGCGGGCGCCUUUCUGUGUGCUUUUGAAAAAAGUUUGUUUGAAAAAAGAGUAAAGCAAACGGUGCCGCCAAGUGUGCGCGAGUGUGUGUGUGCCUCUGUGUUUUGUGUGUUUGCAAAUACAAAAGAAGCAGCCCCCAAGCAAAAACAACAACAAAGUGUCGGCUUUGGCGGUGGCAGCGCAGUAGCAGCAACGCAGCAGCGGAGCGGCAGCGACGUCCAGUGCAUUUUGGUGCAAACUAAUUGUUGUUGGAAGAGCGAAUGUGUUUCAAUGAUGUUACUGCCUUCGGGGCGUUCGAAUAGUGAUGUCUAUCCGCUACAAAAUUCCGCCAACACAACAGCAACAUCGGCCGGAGGAGCAGCAACUGGAGGGGGAUCAGGAGGAGGAACUGGGGUCGGAGGCGGAGCCGGAGGAGCAACAUCCAAGCCCAAGCCCUUGCUACUGACACGAACAUCAUCGCCGCAAUUGACAACACUGCCGACAACAAAUGGCUCCGUUGUCCAUGCCACGCCCACCCGUUCCAACGGAUUUCCACAGCCCCAAUCCUCCGGAAUCGCAGCAACAACGGGCACAUCAAUAGCAACAGCCACACCAGCCACAUCUGCAACAUCCACCGGAACGGAGGCGCCGCUCACAACAACAGAGCUAGGAAUUGGGACUGUCACUGGCAAUGGCACCGGGAUCUAUGGGCCACUUCUGGGUCAAAGUCAUGGGGGUGUCAUUGCUGGCGUGGCCGGAAAUUGGCCAGAAAUUGAUGGACACUUGGAGGCCAUUCAGGAGAAGCUCAAGCCCGGCUGGAGCGUUCAUGUGGGCAAGGAGGGCAGGCUCUACUAUUGCAAUCACAUGACGCAAUCCGCUGGUUGGCUGCCUGCCUGCGAGGAUUGGAGCAAACACGAGGAGCUCUCUUAUGGCUGGGAGCGUGCCAUAGACUCCAAGGGUCGUUCCUAUUAUAUCAACCACCUCAACAAAACGACCACCUACGAGGCCCCCGAAUGCAUACGCUGGGAUGAGCAUCCACCAGAACCACGGCAGGUCCAACUCCAACGUAAUGCCAGCCUAGGAUUUGGAUUCGUGGCCGGCAGUGAAAGGCCCGUAAUCGUGAGAUUUGUGACGGAGGGUGGUCCCAGUAUCGGAAAACUGCAGCCGGGCGAUCAGAUCCUGGCGGUGAACGGGGAGGAUGUGAAGGAUGCGCCGCGGGAUCAUGUCAUUCAGCUGGUGCGAGCUUGUGAGUCGCAGGUGAAUCUCUUCGUCUGCCAGCCGAUGGCGCACUGCGUCCUUCCGGGCAGGAAGUCCACACUCCUCUCCGCGGGAAAACGAGCCAAGCUGAGAUCGCGUCCUAGUCGAGUAAGGUUCGCCGAGAGUGUGUGCGUCAAUGGAGCACCACUGUUUCCGCCCUCGGCGUUUUCCCUGGGAGACAUCUGCGUGCCCCCGAUGGCCAAUGUGCUGAAGGUGUUCCUCGAGAACGGGCAGACCAAGUCCUUCAAGUACGACGCCACCACCACGGUGCAGGAUGUGGUCAGCUCGCUGCUGGACAAGCUCUGCCUCUGCUGCGGAGAGCUCUUCAGCCUGGUGCUGGAGCACGUGAAGAGCCUCAAGCGGAACAAGCUCACCCUCCUCGAUCCGCAGGAGUCGCUGGCCAGGAUUGCUGCUCGUCCGGGGGCGCACAAGCUGAGGUGUCUCUUCCGCAUCACCUUCGUGCCCAUUUCGGCGGCGGAACUGGCUCAGCGGGAUCUUCACGCCCUGGACUACCUGUACUUGCAGUGCUGCAACGAUGUCAACCAGGAGAGAUUCGCUCCCGAGCUGCAGCCGGAGUUGGCCCUCCGAUUGGCCGCCCUCCACAUGCACCAGCACGCCCUGGCCAACAACUUUGCUCCCGCCAAGCUCACCGUCAAACUGGUCGAACGCGAGUUCGGGCUGGAGCGGUUUGUACCAGUGAGUCUGUUCGAGGGCAUGAAGCGGAAGGAACUGCGACGGCUGAUUUCACACUUCCUGAAGCUCAACGCCGAGAUGACGGGAUCCUCCAGCAAGGUUCUCACACAGCUGCAGGCCAAACUGCAUUAUCUAGAUAUAAUCGCUAGCUUACCAAGCUAUGGAGCCAAAUGUUUCAGCACAAACCAAAGAGAGGGCGUCGAGCGCGUCCUGCUGGUGAGUCCGCGUUUUGGACUCAGCCAGAUAUCCAGUGCCCGCAAUUCGGUGCCCCAACCCAUUUCCGCCAUCGAGGACUUCACCCAUGUGGUGGUUAAUCGCGAGGACGAUGUGACCUGCAGCGUAUCCAUAUUCAUGCUGGGCGAUCGAGCUGUGAAGUUCAUCAUGGAGGAUCGGGAUGGCUGCGAGUUCAGUCUGGUCCUCGGCGGCUACUAUCGACUGCUAACAGGCAACAUGCUGAAUAUCCUGCGAGAGCGGGAUCCCAAUGACGAGGACAACUCGCCCGGCUUUCUGUCCCAGCACACAGUGCUGCCGGCGGGAUGGAGCUACCUGCUUCCCUUCCACACUCGAGCGCACAGCGUCAACUUCCUGAUGGCGCCGCCCUACCAUCCGCUGGUCCAACGGGGUCAGCUGCAGCAGCAGUCCUCCGUUCAGGCGCCUCCGUCGCUGCCCUACGCCAUGGAUCUGGAUCUGCACAGUGUGAUGGCCACCGAGCUGCUGGAGGAGGCAGCCAAGGAUUCGGGUCUGAGCGACAGCAGUGGCAGCAACUACUGCGAAGGACGCAGUCACUCGGGCAGCCAAAAGUUGGAGGCCAAGAACGAGCAGGUCUUGAGGAGGGUGCAGGAGCUGCAGCAUCUGGUCCAGACCUCCGAGCAAUAUUUGAGUGAACAGGAGCAGGGCGGUGGGUGCGGAGGUGGAGGCGGAGGAGGCGUGGCCAUGCUGGAAUUCGACUCGGAUUGCGAUAGUCUCAACAGCAGUAAGGUUUCCUCGACAGAGGAAUCGCAGGGAGGACUAAUUUUGGGUCCAGGAGUGGCCAUUCCGGCAGGACAUCCUCUAAAACACAGUGAUUCGCUCACACUACUGGCGGAGACGAUCAACCACGAACUAAGUGGCAUAACCCAAGGAUUGAAUGCCAUUCCAGAAACCGCACCAGUUUCCACAUCCGCUCCUGCAACCCCAGCCACGCCCAAGCGGAAGCCCAGUCUGUGCAGCACUUCCAGUCCGAGACCGCAGAGGAAGCUCAAUGGCUUCAGUCAGCUGUUGAGUGAUUUGCAGGCCUUGGGAACGGAUUUCUCGCAGAGCGAGAGUGAUUCGGAGUCGGUGGCCUCUCCGGCUCAAUCGCCGACGGCCAGGAGGCCGCAGAUGAUGCUGCUCCAGGCGGCAGGAUCAAUGGGAACGGGCCAAGCAACAGGGCCAGCCAAACAGCAGCUCUCCCAGAGGAGCAGUUUCGGGCUGCACAGUCCCGAUGGCACGCAUUUCGGUGCCGAGACCAAGGACUACAACCUUCGGGAGUAUCUGCAGCAGCUGAAGGAGAUUAGCAAUGCGGCAGAUGCGGAUACAGAUGUGGCUGCCCGUCAGCUAUCCGAGAUUUAUGGUUUCGAAGUGAGGGAGGACACCUUCAUAGAAACCGAUACGGAUCUAAUAGAUCUACGUGCCAUUCCGCCACCUCAGACGCCCGAUGAGCUGGACUCCCUGUCCCUGAUGAAUGCGGCUCCCCCCAAAGGAUUCGAGGGCAAGGCCGAGGAGCUGGACAGUUUCCUGCAGCAGAUAAUGGUGGCACCACCCACCCAGAAGGCCACACCCGCCAAGGAGCUCACACCCGAGGAGAUUAUGUCCUUUAUAAUACCACCACCCCCGAAUCUGGAGCAGCAGCAAGUGGUGAGUGCGCCCGUGACCAUGGAAACGGAGUGCCUGUACAGCAAUUCGGUUCAGGCGAAGAGGGAGUUCUUCCAAUCGGUGGCCAAUGGAAACAAUGGCAGCAGUAGUCACUCGCCCCACGUAAUUGAAUAUGCCACCGUGGAGAGGAAGAGCAAGUUCAGCUGCUGUCCCACCAGCAAAAAGGAGGAGCUGCCGGAUCCAGAGGAAUUGCAACCACCGCCCAGGACACCCACCUCCGAGCAGCUGUCGCCUCCGCCGGUGAGACCACCGAAAAGUGCGGAACUACUGCAGCGUUACUCGCCCAAGAAGCAGGUGAGGAUUGCGGGCAGCCCAGUGAUGCAGCCGCAGGAGCGGCGGGAACUGGGCUCCCCACAACUGCCCCCGAGGGGAAGUCCCACGCCGGACGGCAACCAGAGCAAUCCCACAAACCUGGUGAGUGGCCCCAAGAAACCCCCGCUGCCGCCGAUCGCAAAUCGCCCGCGUCCCCAGAACGGGGUGAAUCCUUCUCCAACCACAUCAUCACCCGGAUCUGCACCACCUGCCCACUACUCACCACCCAUACCGGCCACCGUUCGUCUGCCCCACUUGAACCAGACCAAUGGAACCCUCCCCAUGCUCCCCAAGAAACCGCAGCAGCUGCAUGGCGAGAAGUUGUUCAUCAAGAAUGGUCACCUAAUUGAUGGCGAGGCGCUGUUGGGCAAAACGGACGUGGCCAUGGCCGGACUGCUGAUCAAGUUGGACCAGGUGGCCGCCCAGUGUUCGGUGGCCCAGGCGGCGGGAGGAGGCACCUCCAUCGACGAGGAGAAGUUCCAGCGGGCCAGGAACGAGCUAACCGAGCAGACCUUGGCCCUGGUGACUGCUAGUAAAUUCCUGGUGGCCUCCAUGUCGGACAUGACACUGAUUACGUUGCCCGAGCACCUGACCUCCUGUCUGACUGCGAUUCGGAGGAUCACCGAGCUGGCCCAGGAUAUGACCAGACACACCUCGGCACCGCUGCAAACGCGGAAUAUAGUGCUCAAGGUGCACGAUGUGGCCAGCAGUUUCAGGGAGUUGGUGGGCGUGGAGAUCGGACCCAUUGGGGCAGGACAAUUGGCCCUGCAGGCCGAGUGUCUGGCCAAUGUCCUGGCCACUCUGUUGCGAUCCCUGCGCGUAUUUUCCCCAUAACCCAGAGAGAUGGAGGGAGAAGCAAACGGAGCUGCGGCAACGGAGAACGGAAGUGGAGACCCAGAUGGCAGCCCAUCCAAUCCCGACAUAUCGCACGCUCGUCUGUCUAUGUGUAAAUCCCCCUACACCACCUACGUCUAGAUUUGUGCAUCGAACCCCAAACAUAUGCACCCACAAAUACGACUAUGUCCUAAAAUACAGUGUCUCUCGAAACUAAUUUACAGGUUAAGGGCCGCGUCAGAGAGUCGAUGGUCUGAUGGUUCUGUAGGCUUAGCCACGCUUAAUACUCACCUGCGACUAAUAUCGAAACUGGAAUGUGGAAGCUCAAACGAGGAGAUCGUAGACGUUAUGGUGGAUUGUACUAGUUGGUGUUAGGGAUAGAAUUUAACAAUUUACAUAUCACAUCGUAUUGUGAGAAAAAGCUAAAGUUGCAUAUCUGAAUUUGUAGGAUUUGAGCCUAUUGAGAGAAAACUUGCUUACAAAGAAGAUAUAAGUAGACUUUUUUUUUGUGUUUUCUAGGCAUUUAUGAUUUCCUUUUUAUUAUAGGCUUUUUUAUAAUAAAAAAACCAUGCAAUCAGAUCAUUUUCCAAUGUUGGAAUUAUUAAAAAACUUAUUGUAGGUUCAUUUAAAAAUAACUUACAUUUUUAUUAUUCAGUUUAAGCUGAAAAGGGUUACUUUAAUUUACCUUUUUAUGUGAGGUCAUUUAAAAAUGUUUUAAGUUUUUGUGUGCCUUACGAAAUUUGUUAAUUUUUUUUCCACCUAAGCUCUAUAUAAUCCUAAGUACCAUAUCGAAAAAUAUAUCCCUUACCGCUAAGUGAAGGCCACCACAUCGCUACGAUCUUCAAAUAAAAUAUUUCUUAAAUAUAAAGACGAUUUAUAAUUCUAAACAAACAAACAAAAAUCUCUCAACAUUAACGCAUGCAACUAACUCGAAUUUCUAUGUAAUCUCCUAAAAAUCAACUAUUUUAACUAUAUUUAUACAAAUAUCACUCUCGAAUCGUUAGUACUGCUCUGUAUACCAAACCAAUUUAAUGGAACACCAUGACUUGAUUAUCUAGACCAAUUUAUAUGAGAAAUCUAACGGAAAUAUGUUUAUUAAAUUAUGGUAUUAGUAUAUUUUCUUAUGUAAAUAAUUUACACACAUACCUAAUAUCAUAUAUAUACAAGUACUAUAAAUAUUAUAAUAAAAUUGACCAAACAAUAAUCAAAAUUUUAACUUGUGAUAUAAAAAAUGGUAAAAGUAAAAAUAAAAAAAAAUUAAUUAUUGAAAAUAGACUUUUACAUUUUCUUUGUUUAACAGCAAAUGUUUUAACAUGAUUAUUUUAUAUAUUCGUUGUUGUUAAAAAACGAUCAACUUUUUUGUUAUUGUUUAUGUGUCAUACCUUUUGUUGUAGUUGUUGGUGAAGUACAAGAAUGCGCACUAAGUUGUAGCUUUAACUAAUUAUUGAAUACAAUUAAUUAUUAAUCAAGGGAAGCAGAAAAUCAAGAAUAAUCCGUUUAAUAUAUAACUAAUCGAUGAACAAUUGUUUUCAUUUUGUUGAAAAUUUUCUGUUGAAUCAAGCACACACAUAUGCAUAAUAAACAUAACCAUAUAAAAUAUAUACAAACAAGAAAUAUACAAAUAUGAACUAAAAUAAUAAUACAUAUUAAGUAAAACAUAAUCAAAUGUACAAUGUAAAACAAUGUAACUGUUUAUGAUUUAAUGAGAAAAAAAAAAACAAAAAUGCAUAUGAAAUUGUAUGGAAUAAAUUCAAUAAAUAAACCAAAGUAAAAUAAAAAUCCGCAUGAUCGAUG